AUGUCCACCACCCAACAAUCGCCCGACACCAUGACAGCAAAUUUCACCGAUGAGGAGGCAAAGGUGUACGACCGACAGAUUCGCCUGUGGGGAAUUCAGGCUCAGCAGAAGAUUCGUUCGGCCAAUGUUUUGGUCAUCGGCCUGGCCGGACCGGCAUCUGAAGUGGUGAAAAAUCUGGUCCUCUCUGGCAUAAACUCUAUCACCCUGGUGGACGAUCAACCGGUCACCCACUUUGAUAUGCUCUCGAAUCUCUUCACCAAUAACCAAAUUGGCCAAAACCGAGCCGAGGCUUCUCAGAGAGGAGUCCAGGAACUGAACCCGCGAGUGACGGUUAAAGUGCGCUCUACUGGCCUUGGAGAUAUUCUUGUCAAUGAGAAUGAAGAUGCUCAUACUUUCAUCAAAAAGUUCAACGUUGUUGUCCUUGUCAAUCACGAUGCCGACUCCAUCGAUAAGCUGAAUCAAAUUUGCCGAAGCUGUGAAGUUCCCUUCUUUUCAGCUUGCACUUGGGGCUACUUUUCAUUUGUGUUUUGCGAUGCGGGAACAAAGUAUAAGGACACUGAGUAUGUGCCUUUCAAGGAUGUGCUCUCAAAAAAGUCCUUUGAAUCAAACGGAAGCGAUUUCAAGCGAAGUCUCGAUAGAAUGAAACGUACAUUCCUCGUGCCUCUGACCCUGUACAAGUACUACGAACUUUACGGCGAGUUUCCGCAGUUUGUCAGUGAUGAAGAAAAUCAAGCGAAACUUUNUACUGAGUAUGUGCCUUUUAAGGAUGUGCUCUCAAAAAAGUCCUUUGAAUCAAACGGAAGCGAUUUCAAGAGAAGUCUCGAUAGAAUGAAACGUACAUUCCUCGUACCUCUGACCCUGUACAAGUACUACGAACUGUACGGCGAGUUUCCGCAGUUUGUCAGUGAUGAAGAAAAUCAAUCGAAGCUUUUUUCCAACUUGAAGGCUGUGGAAUGUCAGCUUCUGGAAGAGUUGAAAGCAAGUGGAAACAACCUGGGAAACUAUACUGCUCACGACGAUUGGCACGACAAAGUUUUCGGUCAGUUUUCCUUUACCAGCAGCAUCAUCGGCGGCUUCCUGGCCCAGGAUGUGAUCAACUCAAUCACCGAAGAGCCUAUUCAAAACAACUGCUUUCUAUUUAACGGUCAAACUGGCUACAAUGUAGACAUUGGAUAUUAA